AUGAUGUUGGUGUUUGAUUUGGAUCAUAUUGGCUCUGCCCAUUUUUCCUGUAGACAAUUUGCAAGCUCAUUUACUACACUGGUAACGCUUUUCCAAGAACACUAUCCACUGGUAUUGAAAAAAAUUCUGAUCAUCAGGGCACCUGAAAUGGCCCGAAUCGCCUAUGCCUCAAUCACAGCCAUCCUUAGCGAUCCUAUCACACGGCUUAUUGAGAUGCCUUCUGAGGCCGACUGGAAGCGGGCUUUGGCACAAUACGUGAAUUUGGACGGGUGGCCUGUACAUUGGGGAGGAAAUCGGGUCGAAAACGGAGAUCCAAAAUGUCCCGCCACAAUACGAUAUGGCAUGGGACCUGUUCCAUCUGAUUAUUAUGUCGAUCCAAAGACAGCUAUGCCUGACUAUGACCAGUUGACGACCGUUUACGCCGGCGAUAAGCAUCUGAUCUCAAUCCGAGUCAAGGAAAGAUGCCGAAUCUGGUACGUUUCAAAUUUGCUUUGUCGAGUUUUACUUGGAGUCCUCCUGUACUUUGUCUUUCAAUCGUUCCUUUUGACCUUGUUAUUUAUGCUUAUUUAUUUGUUUACUUCUUCAAUAAUUUGA